AUGGAAAAUAAUACUGAUCAUUCAGAACGCUUGAGUCCCAUCACCGUCCAAGAAGUAGAUGUAGAUUUUUUGCCAAUUGUUUACGAAAUAAUAAGAAGUGUUGAAAGGGAUUUCCUUGAUAACUCUGUAAAAGUUCAGGAGUCACAGGGGUGUAGUCUAAAAGUUAUUGAUUUACAAAAGAAACUUGAUAUUGCUCGCACCCAGAUAAAGAGACUGCCUGGCAUUGAACUGAAUAAACAAGAUCAAUUGAAACAAUUUGAAAUACUUCAGACGCAACUACGUUUGAAAAGAGAACUACUUCAAAAAUACCGUAACAUGUGCUCAUUUGAAACGUCAUUUAAAUGA